AAAAUUUGCAAAUGAAUAUGGUUGUCCUAAAAUGAACUUAGGUACGGCAACCAAUUUUGAUGAUUCCUGGUGACUGCACUGCAUGUGAUGCUGGAAAGUAUUGUAGCCCUGAAGGAACAACUGCAGAUGGACAAAAAGACUGCUCUGCUGGAUAUUGGUGCAAAUCAGGAGCUGAAAUUCCGAACCCUGAAGAUGGCAUUACUGGAGAAUUAUGCCCUAAAGGACAUUAUUGUGUCGCAGGUGAUGGAACACCAAACGCUUGUCCUGAAGGAACAUUCAACAACCAGACUGGUCGACAAUACAUGGCGCAAUGUGAAGACUGCACGGAGGGAUGGUACUGUGAUGAGACUGGAUUAUCAGACCCAAAAGCAAAAUGUGAUCCUGGAUUUUAUUGUCCUGGGAAAGACAAAUCACCGCAAAAGCAACCAAUGUACUGUUGGUCAUUACUGCCCUGAAGGUACCGGAACACCGAAACAGUGCGAUCCAGGAACAUACAGCGUCAACCCUCAAGCUAUAGUGUGUGACCCAUGCCCUGCUGGAUCUUAUUGCAUUGAUGGUCUAAACUUGAUCCCUUGCCCAAUAGGUUACUAUUGUGAAGCAGGCACUGGCUAUGACUGGAAGUCUUGUCCUCCUGGACAAUAUGGACAAUCAACAGGAAUAGAAAACAGCACAGCAUGUGCUGAGUGUGAUGCAGGAAAGUACUGUAAUGAAGCAAAUGCUACUACUACAACAGCUGACUGUGCGGCUGGGUUCUAUUGUGCAAGUGGAAGUGACACUCCAACACCUGAUGGGACAGUUGCGCCAAAUGGUCCAUGCUCUCCUGGAUUCUACUGCCCAGCUGGAACGACCAUUGAGCAACCAUGUCCAGCUGGUAAAUGGUCAAAUAUAUCUGGACUAAAAUCUGAUACUGAAUGUUACGACUGCCCUCCAGGAAAAUACUGUGAACCAGGUCAAACUGAACCAACUGGUAAUUGCUCAGGUGGAUAUUACUGCAUUGGCGGUGCUCAGACUGAUAAGAUCGACCCUGCAGAUGCCACAGGAGGUCCUUGUCCAACUGGUCAAUAUUGUCCAAGUGGAACAGCAAGUCCCUUGGCCUGCCCUGCUGGUACUUAUAAUAACUUGGCUGGACAAGAGAGUUGUACACCAUGUGUGGCUGGAUACUAUUGUCCACAAAACUCAAGUGAUGUUUCUGGUAAGGAUUGUCCACUGGGUCACUAUUGCCCAACUGGUACAACUGAUCCAAAUGAAUUUCCUUGUCCUGCUGGAACUUACAACCCAUUUACCAAGAAGCAAAGUUUAAGAGACUGCAAGCCUUGUGACCCAGGUUAUUACUGUGAGUCCUCAGGGUCUCCAUCUACCACAGCACAAUGUUCUGAAGGAUGGUUCUGCACUUCAUGUGCUUCCACUACUAAGCCUGUUGACCCAACCACAACUGCAGGGUUAAAUGAUACUAGCUGCUUGUGUCCUGUAAAUGAUUCUUUGCCAUCUACCGGAGGAAAAUGUCCUGCUGGCUAUUUCUGCCCAUUGGGUUCGAAUGCACCACAACCAUGCACAGCAGGUGAAUUUUGUGCUACUGAAGAACUUGGAAGUACAACAAGUGGACAAUGUUCAGCUGGUUACUAUUGCAGCGGUGCAAGUCAAUUGUCUGAACCAGUAGAUGGUGUGACUGGUGGUAGUUGCCCGCCUGGUCACUAUUGUAUAGUAGGAACAGCUGUACCAGAGCCAUGCCCUGCAGGAACAUACAGUGGGAUUUCUAAUAAUAAAGAGUUAUCAGACUGCAACACUUGUACUCAAGGUUCAUACUGUGAGGCUGCUGCAACUUCGGAAACUGGUGAUUGUGCCGCAGGAUUUUAUUGCCCACCUGGUCAGAACACAAGUACACCCACUGACUAUGAAUGUCCUGCUGGUUCAUAUUGCCCUGGGAAAAACUCGGAACCCUACGCAUGUCAGAAUGGAACAUACCAAAGUUCGGCUGGACAGACAUCAUGUGAUCCAUGCCCGGAAGGCUACUACUGUGAAGCCAUUGGGAGUUCUAUUGUAGGAGUCAGCGUCCCUGUAGAAUGUCCACAAGGCUACUUUUGCCCAAUAGGAACUUCUUUUUCAACCCAAUAUGGAUGUCCUUUGGGCACUUACGGAAAUAGGACUAAGUUGACUAAAAUGUCACAAUGUACAGAUUGCACUGGCGGAUGGUAUUGUGAUGAAACUGGCCUUCCAGGUCCUGCUGGGCCAUGCAUUAUGGGAUUCUACUGCACACUUGGUGCACAAAUACCAAACCCUACGGAUGGUGUAACAGGGAAUAAAUGCCCGAAAGGAUCAUAUUGUCCCGCACAAACCACUGCCCCAAAAGAUUGCCCAGAUUCUACCUUCAACCCCGAAUUUGGUAUCACAGCAUUCUCAAAAUGCACAGAUUGUACUGGAGGAAAGUAUUGUGAGACUGAUGGACUGAAAGAACCUACCGGAAAUUGCACUGCUGGUUACUAUUGCCCUACAAAAUCACAGUCUUCUACAGCAAACAAAUGUCCUGCUGGAUAUCACUGCCCAGAAGGUUCCGCAGAUCCUCUACCUUGUGAACCUGGUACUUAUACUGAUUCUGAAUUACAAUCUGUAUGCACUGCUUGUACAGAAGGAAAUUUUUGCAAUGGAACAAGUAUUGUGACCUGUCCACAAGGGUCAUACUGUAUACCAGGAUCAAAUAGCCCGACACCAUGUCCUCGUGGCACCUAUGGAGACAGAUCAGGACUAACAGCAGAAAGUCAAUGCAGGCUUUGUGAUCCCGGAAAAUACUGCCCAGAUCUUGGCGCUCUUAAUUUUGCAGAUAAUUGUGCUGCAGGAUACUUCUGUAGGAAUGGAUCCGACUCGAUAACACCUUCUGGAGGAAAUAUUGGUGAUGCUGGAAUAUGCCCUGCUGGUCAUUACUGCCCUCUAGGAACCGGAGAACCAAAUGCUUGCUCCCCUGGUACUUUCAACAACAUGACUCAAAAAUCUCAGCCAUUAGACUGUGUUUUAUGUUCUGCUGGAAUGUAUUGUGAAACCAGUGGUUUGGAUUUCCCCACCGCAGAAUGUGAUGUUGGAUUCUACUGUAUUGAAGGAUCAAGUUCAGCUAGACCACCUGUGGCAACUGCGACAGGUGGACCAUGCCCAGUAGGUUCUUAUUGUCCCCAAGGAAGCAGCAUAAACAAACUGUGUGAAGGAGGAACCUACGCGCCAACAACUAUGAUGGGUGAAUGCCUUGCAUGCCCAGCUGGAUCAUUCUGUGAACCUGGUGCCCACAAUACUACAGAGUGUCCUGUUGGUCAUCACUGUGAACUGAAUUCAACCUUUGCAACUCCAUGCACGAAUGGCACUUAUAAUAAUGAGACAGGAGGUAUGGGACCAGAAGCAUGUCAAUAUUGUUGGCCUGGAUGGUAUUGCCCUGAUCAAGGAAUGGAAUAUCCUGCUAGGCAGUGUGCUCCUGGGUGGUACUGCACCCUUGGUUCAUGGAUGUACGAACCGGUUGUAGUGGGAAGUGGGGCAGAUAUUUUAAGCUGUGUUUGCCCAGUUGCUGAUGGUAUUGGUGGACGAUGUUUAUCAGGAACCUACUGUCCAGAAGGAAGUGCGGCACCACAGAUAUGUGAUCCAGGUUCAUAUUGUGAUUUGGAUGAGUUGGACGCAGUAGCAGGACCAUGUCGAGCCGGUCAUUUUUGUACCAAUGGCAGCACAGAGAUCGCACCAGUUGGUAAAUCGUAUGGUGAUAUAUGUCCAAUGGGUCAUUACUGCCCACAAGGGAGUCCAGCACCAACAGCUUGUGAUGCAGGAUAUUUCUCAGAUGUAGAAGGAAAUGAAAGGGCUGCUGAUUGUCAGAACUGUACUGGUGGCUUUGCUUGUCCAUCUCCUGGUACUGAGACACCAGUUGUCAAAUGCCAAGUUGGUUACUAUUGCGAACCAGGAUCUACAGAAUCAGCACCUUCAACAGCAAAAUGUCCCAGAGGAACUCAAUGCCCUGAACAAAGUCCAUUGUACACACCAUGUUAUUCUGGUACUUACCAACCUGAUGAAGGAAUGGGAAGCUGUUUGGAAUGCGAUGCUGGGAGCUACUGUGACUAUACUGAAGCACUAGCUAGUGGCCAAUUAGGAGUCGUGACCCCUGUUCAAUGUCCACCUGGUUUCUACUGCCCUUCAGGAACAAACUAUUCAUCAGAGUAUCCAUGCCCUGCUGGUACAUACAGCAGCUCACCUGGGCUUACUUCUCAAAGCUGCACUCCAUGUGAUAAAGGUUACUACUGUGAUGUGACUAAUCUAACUAGUGUUGUUGAUCAAUGUUAUCGUGGAUAUUACUGCCCUGAAGGUUCCAGUGAUCCAAGACAGAAUGACUGCAGACAAGGUUACUUCUGUGUACAAGGAUCUUUUGCUGAAGAACCUUGUCCUGCUGGAACAUAUGGAGCAAGUCCCAAACUUGGGUCACAAUCAGAAUGUUCAGAUUGUGAACCUGGACUAUAUUGCCAGGGAACUGGAAAUCCAGAACCCUCUGGUGGUUGUACUGCAGGCUAUUAUUGCUCUGGAAAAUCAUCUGAGCCUUCGCCAGUUGGUAAAUCUUAUGGAGAUAUUUGUCAACCUGGAUAUUAUUGUCCAACUAACAGUAGUACUCAGACAGCAUGCUCACCAGGAACGUUCAAUCCAAACCAACAAAUGACUCAAGCAUCAGAUUGCAAAGUAUGCACACCAGGAUAUUUUUGCAAUGAUAGUGCAUUGAGUGGAAAAUCAGGUCUUUGUUUUCCUGGCUAUUACUGUGAUGGAGGUGCUGUCAAUUCAAAACAACAUGAAUGUCCACCAGGAUCAUUCUGUGUAGAAGGUUCAGCCGCUCCAGAACCAUGUGAAAAUGGAACAUAUUCUAACUACUCUGGAGCAGCAGUCUGUGAUAUAUGUCCUGCUGGUUAUUAUUGUGUGAAUAGAGACAGAGCAGAUCCAUGCCUGCCUGGGCAUUAUUGUCCCGCUGGGACUGGAUCUGAUCUAAGGAAGUGUCCAUCAGGAACAUUCAACCCAACAUAUGGUUUGUCAUCAGAGAGUCAAUGUAGUCAGUGUACAGGCGGAUAUUAUUGUCAAACACCAGGAUUUAGUUCAGAAACUGGGAAAUGUGAUGCUGGAUUUAAUUGUAUUACUGGAGUCGAUACUAAUCAACCAAAUAACGCAACAAAUAAGGGAUCUGGAGAGCCAUGUCCACCUGGCCAUGAAUGUCCUGAUGGUUCAGCAAUUCCAUGUCCUGCUGGAACAUAUGCCAAUAUAGUUGGAAAAUCUUCAUGUGAUCCAUGCUUACAGGGUUUCUAUUGUGAUGGAGCUACUAUCAAUCCGGUAGAAUGUCCACAAGGGCAUUAUUGCCCGGUAGGAACAGAAUUUGACAAACAAUAUCCUUGUCCAUCUGGAUCAUACAAUUCUAAAACAGGUCAAUCAAAUUCCAGCUGUGAGUCUUGUUCAGCUGGAAUGUAUUGUGAAGGAACCGGAAAUAUCGAACCGGAUGGAAAUUGCACUGGUGGUUAUUUUUGCAGCAGCGGGGCUGAUUCUUCUCAACCAGUAACGAAUGGUGAUCCCACUAUUGUUCCCGGGACUCCAUCUUCAGCAAGCAACAUAUCAUGCAGUGGUUAUUAUGAUUGUGUCUGCCCAUUAUUAGCUGAAACAACUGCUGGCAUUUGUGAACCUGGUUACUACUGUCCAUCUGGAACUGACAAACCCAUUCCAUGUGAUGCAGGAUGGUAUUGCCCUAACUAUGGGUUGGAUACACCAUUUGCUAAAUGUAAUGCAGGAUACUUUUGCCUGGCUGGAAGUGCCGUGCCAGAUCAACACAUUUGCCCAGCAGGCCAUUAUUGCAUUGAAGGAAGUCCUUUUGCAUCACCAUGUCCACCGGGAAAAUUCAGUCCAACUGAAAAGAACCUUGAUGCUACAUAUUGUGAAGAUUGUACUCCAGGAUUCUAUUGUAAUGGCGGAGAAGCAAAUGAAACAGCACCAUGCCAAGCUGGAUAUUAUUGUCCAGGGGGUGACAGCUCAUCAAAUUUAGCUUGUUCUAAACACCAUAAAUGUCCAGAAGGUUCAAGUAAUGAAACUGUUUGUAAUGUUGCUAAAUAUCAACCCUCUACAGGACAGCCUGAUUGCUUGGACUGCCCUUCUGGGAGAGAAUGCGAUCCUUAUGAUGGCACACUUGAUGAUGAACCCUGUCCUAUGGGAUAUUAUUGUCUCAAGGGAACAAUUCCACAGGAAUGCCCACUAGGAACUUACAGCAAUCUAACCAGUCGCCAAUUAGAAUCUCAAUGCAAACAAUGUCCUGGAGGAUGGUAUUGUGGCGAUUCACCUUCUAUUCAACCUACUGCGCCGUGCAAUGCUGGUUUUUACUGUUAUGAAGGAGCGAAAGAACCUGAACCUGUUGAUGAUAAUGUUAACCCUAAUAUAACAGCCUAUUACACUGGAAAUGAUAUUUGUCCAGUUGGUCAUUACUGUCCUGCUGGUUCAACUCAACCAAAACCAUGUAAAGCAGGAUCGUUUGCUCAAACACCAGGCCAAACCAAUGAAACUGGUUGUAGUCCCUGCCCUGCUGGAAAAUAUUGUGCAUCGUCUGGUAGGACAGAUGAUGAUGCUCCAGAUUGCAAUGCUGGUUUUGUCUGCUAUGGAGGAAGUACAACAGCUGAACCAACUGAUGGUGUCACAGGAGAACAAUGUCCAAAAGGUUAUCAUUGCCCACAAGGAACUGUUGCUCCGAUUGGAUGUGAACCCGGAACUCACAGCCCUAAUCUUGGAGCUGCAAAUUGUACAACAUGCACAGCAGGAACUCUAUGUUCAUCAUCUAACACAUCUACAGCUGGUCUAUGUGACCCUGGAUACUUCUGCCCGGCUGGUGCUUUGGUGGCUGAACCAUGUCCAGCUGGAACUUACAGAGAUAUACCUGGAGGACAAAAUAGUGGGGAUUGUAUUCUAUGUGAUCCUGGCAAAUAUUGUGAAGGUGUCGGAAAUCCUACAGCUACGGGCGAUUGUGAUGCAGGGUAUCUUUGUGAGAGAGGAAGUUACACAAAAACGCCGAAUGAAGGUCUUAAUGCAACAACUGGCUACUACAACGGUAAAUGUCCAGUAGGUUUAUAUUGUACUUCGGGAGUGACUGCACCCACUGAUUGUCCAUCUGGAAGAAUUCGAAACACUACUGGUGCUGGUGCCGAAUCUGAAUGUCUGCCUUGUGAUCCUGGAUACUACUGUGUGAAUCCUGGAAUAUCAAUACCUACUGGGCCAUGCAAUGCAGGUUACUAUUGUCCAGGCAACACAACUAACAGUGAUCCCAACCAAUUUCCUUGCCCAUCUGGUCAUUUCUGUGAAGUAGGAUCAAGCCAGCCAACACCAUGUCCAACAGGCCAAAAUCAGCCUGCAGAAGGAAGUUCUUUUUGCGAUUUAUGUCCAGCUGGUUAUUAUUGUCAAGAAUCAAACACUGGGAAACAAAUUGAAUGUCCUGCAUAUCAUUUCUGCCCUGAAGGAACACCUAACCCUAUUCUAUGUCCAAAUGGAACUUACACACUUUCAACUGAUUCAAAAUUGGAAGAGUCUGCAGCAUGUUACCCAUGUGAUACUGGGAAGUUUUGCACUGGAGGUCAAAUUCAGGGAGACUGUAACGAAGGUUAUUUCUGUUUAUCUCGGGCAUUUGCACCAGUUUCGGAUGGAGAAGUCGUGAAUAAAACAUUUAAUGUCGAUCAGGCUCCUUGUCCGGAGUUCACAACUUGUGCUGGACAAUGUCCAGCUGGCUUUUAUUGUGGAGUUGGAACUAAAGAUCCUUUACCAUGCCCUGAAAAUACACUCAGAGACACACCAGGUGCAAGCACAAUAAAUGAAUGUGAAUUCUGUCCUCCUGGAAAAUGGUGCCAUGAAGGUGACCCCAUCGCUGACCCGUGUCCUGUUGGUCAUUUCUGUGCUGCUCUCAAUACUACAUGUCCAGGAGGUGCACCAAGUGGUCCACAGCCAUGUCCAUCUUACACAUAUAGAGAUAUUGAAGGUGGAAGCAAUGAAGCAGAUUGCUUUCCUUGUCCUCCAGGUUUCUUAUGUAACGAUACUGGACUUGCCAACUAUUCAAGUACUGCAUGCCAAGCUGGAUUCUACUGCACAGGAGGUGGACAAGCUCCAGAAAUGUGUCCUGGUGGAAAGCAGAUGCCAGAUAUUGGAGCAACAUCCUUAUCUGAUUGUGAUGAUUGUACGGGAGGUUAUUAUUGCCCUGAUCCUGCUGUUACAGGUCAACCAAAUGUUUAUGGACGUCCAUGUGCUGCUGGAGAAGUUUGCCCACCAGGUUCAGUCAACCCAUCACCAUGCCCUGGUGGAUACUACUGUGUUGAAACUACUGCCGUGGCUACAAUCUGUCCAAAAGGAUACUAUUGUCCAGAAAAUUCAUCAACAAUCACAAUUUGUGAAUAUCCCAACUAUUGCCCUCAAGGAUCGCCACAAGAAUGGCCAUGUGAUAUAGGAUGGCAACCUCUGAAUGUAACUGGCCUUAGAGACAGUUUAGGCAAAGCUUGCAGUAUUUGUCCAACAGGAACAUAUAGAAACUCAUCUGAAGAUAGCAAAUGUAUGCCAUGCCCUGCUGGUUAUUUCUGCCCGGAAGGCACAGGAAACUACCAGCCUAAUGUAUGUCCAAUUGGACAUUAUUGCCCAGAAGGCGGUGUGACUUCUACAGGAAGUGUAACUGGUUCACCCAUACCUUGCCCAACAGGUACCUAUGGUCAACAACAAGGUGCUGCAUUCUCUGUAUGUCAGCUGUGUCCUUCUGGCACUUUCAAUCAUUUGGUAGGACAGAGAGCCUGUUUCCCCUGUGGAAGUUCUGCCACAUCCAGAGAAGGAGCUGCUGCUUGUACAUGUCUAGGUGAAAAUCGUGCAUUCCAACAAAGUGAUGGAUCUUGUGUUUGCUUGGAUGGAUACAUCUAUUAUAACGAAGCUGAUUCUGUUGAUGCUGAUGGUAACUCUGACUUGUCUUGUCAACCCAAAGUCGACACCAGAUGUGCAACAGGAGAAAUACGAUUGGCCACUGACAGAUCUUGCGUCACAACGGACUAUGAUUGUACACCAGCUUGUGGAAGUACAGGAGGAACACUGAAUUCUGAUCUUGGAAAAUGUAUCUGUGAUACAACUGCUGUUCCUGAGGAAUUUGAAUGCUCCGUUGGAUGCAUAACUGUCACAUCAGUUGUUGAUUCUACAACAGCAGAUCUCAGAAUGACCAUCACAACAGUGGCCGAUGGUAGUUCAGUCACACAAGUAGUUCCCAAUGUUUUCGGACCCAUCGGAAGAUUUUCUGGGACUGCAACAACCAAGAAUGUCCAGACAACAAGUGCCGGUGUCUAUGGAAUCCUCCAGACAAGCCAAGAACUAAUGCAAAGUGCUAUAGACGGUACAUUAGUCACAGAAACUAAUGACUUGUAUGGUUCAAGUAGUAGAAGAAGAAGGGAAGUUUAUAAUGAAGAAGAAGAACUAAGCAUUAUGUCAUCUUACAUUGGAAGAAGACUUCUACAAACAACUUCUAAUUCAACUGACGCUGCAACGACUGUGGCUACAACAUCAACACCUGCCCUUCCUAUUAUUCCAAAUGCUCUAGUUUGCAUGCAGACCAAUGAAAUGUUGAUGUUCGGAAUUCAAAUCAACGCAGCCAACAGAACAUUGUCAAACUAUCCUGUUUAUGUCCUCAACCAUUUGUACAACAGUAACCCUAUAUUUGAUUAUGGAGCUUUCAGACAACUGAGAGAAUACCUGAUUUCAUCAAAUCUUGACAUCAAGAAUUUCGCUCACAUUUUCACUGAAUCUGGCAUCUAUGUUUUUGCUGACUCACAAAAUCCAGAACAACAGAUUAUUGUCAAUGUACUUGAACAAGGCCUUCUAUGUGAUGAAACGAAAUCAGCGAUUUAUCCAGCAACUGCAACAACAUUCUCAACUCUGGGUGUGGCUAAAUCUUCUCCACCAAAUCUGGCUCCUGAUUGGGCUGUGAUUAUAGCAUUCAUGGCCCUCUGUCUCUUCUUGGUUCUUGCCUUGUUUAUCGCUGUACUGGUUUGGAGACCAAGAGAUGCAGGCAUAUACCCAAUGAGAUUAUGGAAUCCCAAGUACAGAAGUUUAGGUGAACCAUACAUACCUCCCUACAAGAUGCCUUAUGCUUUGGAAGACGAUAGAAGAAAGGGCCUUGGGUACGUCAGAGACAGGGGAGAAGCAGAGGGUGCUGAAGCCACUGUUAUUAAAGACGAAAGCCUCCUAGAAGACUUCAAUGUAAAAACACUCUAUGAUAAAUUAGAAGAUCAGAAUUUGUAUCUGGCUUCCCAGCUCACUAAGCAUCAAGAUGAAUUGAGAGGAUUUUAUGAGAGAAUCAACAAUCAAACUGAGGGAUUAAAAACAAUGCUUCAUAAUCUUGAUGUGUCUCGGUUAGAAGCAGCAGAAAGAGAUCGUAGUAUCUUUGCCACUGGCACAGAUGAUGCUGGGCCGACUGUUGUGAACGCUUCUGUCCAAAUGAGUAAACCUGGCAGAGACAUCAGACUUGCAGGAAGUUCCAGUAGAGAGAAGGAACUUAUGUUGGCUGUUCAUGAUCUCAUUGAGAAACUCAAUAAAGGAAAGGUACCAAUAUCUGAUGACAUGCUACAAGAUGCAAGAAAGAGAUGGCAAGGUAAAGGUGGAUCUGGUGUGGAUGCAUAUGCACAAAUUGCAAAAGCUACACACUUGACAUCCGGCACAGAAGCAUUCAAGGCACAAGGUCAAGCAGAUUUAUUGAAAAGUCAGCAUAUUGAAAGACUUGACUUGGACAAGAGCUUACUGGAAGAUGAGAAACAAGCUCUGGAUGAUUUAGCUAAACAACAUGAUCAAAAACAUGAAAAGACUUUAGAUAAACUUGCACAAAAAUUGGCUUUCAAAUUAGAAGGAGAGUUAUCUGAAAAAGAGGUGAACGCUAUAAUGGAAGCUCAUGAGAAAGAUUUAGAAUCCGCGUUGAAUGCAAUGGCAAAUGAAAGAGAGAGACAAAUGAGAGAACUCAGAGAACAACUUGCUGCUAAGAGGAAAGAAAGAGAAAAGCAAUUAAAUAAUGUUCACAAAGAACAAUGCAAUAAUGCUGGAGUGCCAGAGUUUGAAGGCGAAGAGAAAGAUGCCAAUGAUCUGGAACUUACCGAAAAAGAAUUGGAAGAAGCCCUGGCCUCAGAGAGAGCAGCAAAUGCACGAGAGAAUGAAAAGAUUGACAGAGAACUGAAUGGAGAUGAGAGAAAUCAACUUUCUAGCACUGUGGAUGAUGCUCUUGACUCACUUGUAGAAAGUGGAUUAAUCACAGAUGAAGUUCGUGAAAUGAUCAAAAAACAGAAACUUGACAGAGAACAAGCUUUGAAAGAAAAAAUGGACAAGAAAAGAAACACACAGAUGAGUGCAAUGAAACGUAAAAUGGCUGAAAGAAAGAAAAGAAGAAUGCAGGAACUCAAAGAUAAACAAGAAAAAGAAAAAUUGGAGUUUGGUGUCACUCCAGAGCUUGAAGCUCGCCAUGCAGCAGAAGUUUCAGCAUUGGUUGCUGAUCUGGAUGCGGAAGCAGCUCAAAUGGAAGAACAAGUUUCUAAAUCAAUAGAAAAUGAGCAUAAACAGGCAUUACAAGAAUUACAUAAAGAAAUCCUUGGAGAGCUAUCAAGCAAGCACUCACUCGAUGCGGUUGCACAACAAGAACUUCUGGAUAAAUACAGAAGAGAAGCAGAAAACUUCCAACAUGUUAUGGAUUUGAGGAAAAAUCAACAACAGCAACAAUUGAAGGCAAGACUUGCUGCAAAGAGAGCUCGCAAAGCAGCAGAAGCUUUGAGAAAGGCAGAAGAAAGAGGUGAAAAACAUCUCGAAAAUGAAGAGAAAUUAAGACUGGAAAAAUUGAAGCAAUAUCAGGAGGAAGAACAAAAGAGACUUGAUGAAGAGGAUGGCCUUGUUAUUCCAGAAAUAAAACCUGAGGAAAAUUAUGAAGAACAGGCCCUUGUCAAAGAGCAACAGAACCAACUUGUGGAGAUGGAAGCUGAGCAAGCCAGUGAAGGUGAAAGGUUAUCCAGUGAUUUGGACAAACAAUCUAAGCAAGAGGAAGCUGAAUUAGAAAGAAAACUCAAAGAAGAAAUGGACAAGAUGUUGAGAGAAAAGAAAAAUAAACAAGAAACAGAAGCCAGGGCGAGAACUGAUCUUACAGAUGAAAAGAUGCAACAGCUUCUUGCUGCCCAUCAACAAGAGCUUGAAGAUCUUGAAAGGAAAACUUCAGUUGAGCAAAACCGCCAGAGAGUUGCAUUGAGAGAUAAACUUGCUGCUAGAAGACAACGUAAGAUGAAUGGUCUUCGUUCUCGUCAAGAAAUUGAGAAAGAACAAGAAGAAAUUGCACAAAAGAAAGAAUUGGCCCAAGUCAAGGCUAAGACUAUGAAAGAAGCGGAACGUAAAGCAAUGAUUGAAGGAAUUCAGCAGAAUGGAGCUGGAUCAAGUGAAAGAGUGAUUCAGAGAGUAUUGGAGAAAAGGCACAAAGAGGAGCUGAGAAAUCUUGAAGAUGAAUUCGCACUUCGCAAGAAGAUGUUGAUUGCUCAAGCAUUGAAUGCAUUAAAAGAUGAAUAUAAUGCAAAGAGAGAAGCAAUGUUAAAACGACAUGAAGAGGAACUUGAUCUUCUCAAAAAACAAGGAUAUUCUCCUGAAGAAUUGGAACGAAAAACGAAUGAGUUGAAAGAAAAACAAGCAAAAGAACUUAAUGACAUCGACGAAUCUCAUGCCAAGAAACUGAAGGAAGCAAAAUCUGGAGCUCUGUCUGACUGGGAACUGGAAUAUGCUCAAGCUAAACUCAAAUUGAAAGAACAACAUUAUCAGGAAUUUGCUGAAGCCCUGAGGGAUUUUGCUCCAAGUGCUUCACAGCAGCAAACAGCUGAACAGAUAGAGGAGACAGCACGAAGAUUGGAAGAAACAAAAGCAAGACUUGAGCAGGAACAAAAAGAAGCGCAAGAAAAACUUGCCAAAGAACGAGAUGAAUGGGAAAAAGCAAAAAAACGGCUGAAGAAGGAAAUGGCAGAAUUCGAGAAAGAACUAGAGAAGGAAACGAAGAAAGAAAAAGAACAAGCUGAAAAGGCAGUCUCCAAUUUGAACAAAAGAAAAGAAAAACUUUUGAAGGACAAACGUAACAAGAUGAAGGAAGAUAUUGAAAGAGCUUCAGCUGCUGGUGCAAGUGAAGAAGAAAUUGGAAAAAUAAUGCAACAGCACGAGAAAGAAGUUGAGCAAUUGUCCAACAAAAUGGAUGCAGAAAUGAGAAUGCAAGGUAAACUUGCGGAAAGACUAAAGAAAAGAAGGAAUGAAAAGUUACAGACCAAGAAAGCAGAGAUCAAAACUAAAGGCGCUGAGGCAAGAAAAGAAAUUGAAAAUGAACAAGAGGAAAUUCAAAAAAUAAGAGAAAAACAGUGUCAUAUUCAUGAUUUUAAUAAAAGCCCACCUCCUAAACACAAUCUAAAUGCAGAUGAUGAUGCUCGUGCGCUGGAUGAAGCAACAUUUGCACUUGAUCAUGUUUCAAGUUCAAGCUCUUCUUCUUCUUCAUCUUCUUCAUCAUCUUCCUCCUCCAGUUCAUCAAGCUCAAAGUCAUCUCGCAGACAAUCUUUGAAACAAGAAGAAAUUCUAACUCAAAGAGAAUUUGAUCCAUCUCUUCAAACCUUUGAUCCUUCUGUACUUGCUGCUGCUGGAAUGUUGCAGGGACAAUAUGCAAUGUCUGCACCACUGAGUGAAGAAGAAUUGAACAAGUUGUUGAUGGCUUCCCCACUGUAUCAGACAUUACAAGAAAUUCGUGACAAUUUAUCUUCUGAGAAAUUGAAAAAUGAUGCAAACCUCAUAUCUGGAGAAUUUGUUGGACCAGAUGUCAACAGUUCUGAUACAACAUUGAUACCUACGCCUUUAUCCUCACUGAACGCCAGAGAUCUCAUUGUAUACAAGUUUGGUACAUUCAUACUGAAACUGCUUCGCACUCAUUGUAACUAUCCACCAACUAAUUUACUUGUUGCUGAGAAAGUACCUGCACAACCUGAACUGAAGAAUAAUGCUUUUAGAGGAUCGUUCUGCUUUGAUGAAGGCAAUGGUAUUCUUUAUGUCAAACUUGCUCGUCUUCGCGAAGAGUCCGUCGGUAGAUUUGUGAUGUUACUCGUACACUCGAUGUCUCACAUUGCAUCAGAGAAUCUCAAUGAUGACGCAGAUCCAAGAUUCAUGUCAGAAUUUUAUAAAGGACUUGCAACGUUGUGUGAUGAUUUAUUCUUCUCAAGGUACAAAGGUGGAAAGCCGAAUGAUGUCAAUCAAGGAUCCAAAGCACAUGUUCCCGAAAUUGAAAUCAGUCAAGAUCUGUUAGACAUCAGGUUACCUGAACAAGCAAAGAGAAGAGGGCUAUAUCCUGUAACAGAUGAAAAACAGGCUUUCACUCAGAGAGCUAUUGAGAAAAGACUUGCUAAAUAUGAUAAAACUGGCAUCGGUGGGAAAGUUAGAAGUGAACUUGGAGACAUAGAACAAAAAAUGUUGGAGGCCCGUGAUGAAGGAACUUUGGAUGAUAUUGAUCAACGAUUAUCAAAACUGAUGCCAGAUAUUGGACCAACUAACUUAUCAAGUGAUAAAUAUGAAAAUCAUUUUGAUCAUCCGAUACAAGAAGACAAUGAAUUCGAUAAACUCACAAUGGAAUUCUCAUCUUUGACUCGUGAAGUCAGUGAUAUUAGAGAACAGCCCCAUGCCAAUGGAAAAGACCAAGAAACAUUGAGAAAUAAAUUGAAUAAUGUUGAAAUUAAAUUGUCAGCUGUACAGCAAAAGUUGAAAGAAUCAAGUUAA